AUGCACUACUUUCAACGGAUCAGGCACGGAGGACAAACCCGCCACCCCACAAAGCUGAUACUACAGCCACAAGGCACAAUCAGAUCCGAGCAGGCUUGGCUGUAUCCCUGCUCUUUCCACUUCGAUGUUAGACUGCUCGCCAAGGAUACAUGGGCUCGGAAGCCAUCCGCCUUGCCAAGCGCUCCGGAGGUAUCUGACCUCAGCGAUGAUGUAGGAAGACAGGUCCUGAUGGGGCUGUUAGGUGAGCCAAGAGGUGUAUAUACCCAAGAAAAGAGAACGGACACUCUCGUUGAGCGCGAGGAUCAGAUACGAGACAAAAUGCCAUCUGAUGUACUGUGGGGGACCAACAUUCGGACCAAGAAGCGUUUAUACCCGAAAUGGCCAUCCCUUCAUCCUGAUCUUUGCAAGUGA